AUGAAUUUCUUUGAGACAAGCUACGGAGUUUUUUUCGGUUCCAACAAUACUGUCCUAUCAUCCUCACCUCCGAAACCCUGUGCCAAUUUUUGCAGAGAAGCCGUAACAAGGGGACCCCUGUGGGGGUUCAGCGACCACCCCCCCGCUGGUCUCCCAGGGCCCCAGUGGCUGGCAAGCGAUGCAGCGUCCGUGGUGAAAGGGAGCGCAGGGUCGUCAAGGGGACCCCUCACAACCUAUGGUGAGUCGUAUCAAAUUCGCAGUAAAAGCAGCGGUAUGGUGCACCAUGCCCACGGGGCGCAUGCGCAAACACAAGAAGUAGAGGUAGAACAAGAGGAGAAACAUAUAGAAUCCGGAGCCCCGGAACAGGUAGACAAGAAUGAAUACUUCCCCUACAGCAUUAAGCACGGUGAAACAGCCAUAUCCACAGCAGACAAGUCCAUUCAUGAGAGCAAGAGAAGCAUAGGCAGAAGACAGGAUACGCUUUCGUGGCUCAGCAACAAAGGAGAUCACAGUAUGGGUACCGCUGCCUUUAUGACCUCUUCACAAGCCAUCGGGAGGGUUCCUGAGGGGCUCAACACAAUCAACCAAUUGUUCGCAUCCCAAAAAGGAGAAAGAACGCAGGGACUAGAGGGGAGAAGGAAAGACCCUGCAGGUAUCGACUCCCUAAAGGACAGUCUUUGGUUUUACCCCCCAAAACUCGCCGCCUACAGCAACUUUAAGUAA